CAUUGUUGUGAUCACAUGAGGGGCUCUGGGGUGAGACUUGGGGGUCCUCCAGCAGCAGCGCCCAUGUUUGGGAGCGCUGUCCGCCCCCGUCAUUAACCCCGCUAUUUCGAGAAACUUCCAGCCCCCUUCUCCACGUCACUUCAAGGCAUCUUUAAAGAGUCCGUCGCCUGGGUACAAUGUUUCAUUACUCGACACCUCGCAGCAGCAUGAGUAGCAUGAAGACGACGUCCCCGUUAUUGACAAUGACAAACAAUGACAGCGACCCUCUCCCCCUCGGCUGGGAGGUGAAGAUCGACCCUCAGACUGGAUGGCCUUUUUUCGUGGAUCACAACAACCGCACGACCACCUGGAACGACCCGAGGCACGACACGAGAAAGGAUAAAGAUGUGUCAUCAAAUGGACCCAACCUACCCCCAGAACAGAGCCCUCAGGAUUCACAGAAAACCUUCUUUAGGGAGAUAAAGCACCCUAUUCUGCGCCCAGGUUAUGUUCCUAUACCAGUCUUCCAUGAUGGUGCAGAACCACGGCAGCAACAAGAUUCAUGCUACUCUUACAUCCACCCAAGCACUGCGCAGAAUAUUCGUCCAGAGAAUCGGGCCCUCACCCCAACACCGGGGCUCCACUGCAGGCCCAGAUCUCCAUUACAUGGACCUUCAGAGAGCUGUUCUAUGGAGCCUGGAAAGGCUGGCUCACCUGUUUCCAAAACAGCAGAGGUUUUGCCACCUAUGCAUCACCAACCCCCACGGCCCAACAGCAUUGGUCUUCAAGCAGGUUAUAUCCCCAUCCCAGUGAUCCAUGAGGGUGGAGGAGUCCAAACACAAACACAGCCACAGUUGAAUCCCUCCGUCUACUCUCAACGCAACCCCUACCCAGAGCACCAGCAGCCCUUCCAUCGCUAUCAGACAGACGAAUGGCCGAGCUACUCUCCAGCUGUGCAGCCUCCCAGGGAAAGAGCUUCUCCCAUACUGCCUCCCCAGCAUCGUGAUGCUCCUCCUAUUAACCUUCCAUCACACAUUAGAAGCCCAUCACCAAUUAUUACACAAGUGCUGGGAGAAAUACCACAGGCUCAGCAGCAUGUCCUCACAAGAGACACGCCCCCCAAAAUGAACCAGGAACAUCAGAGCACUCAGCAAAAACCUGAUAACAUGCAGCCCCUGCCAUUGCACCUGGGAGCUGAUGUCCCCAGGCUUCCGACACCUCAACAGUUUCAAAAGCUUCCACCUGAGCAACCUCAACAGUUACACCAACCUCAGAAGUUCCAGCAGCAGCAACAGUUCCAGCAGGAGCGACCUCAGACAUCUCCCCAGCCUCAGCAUCCUGAACAGUUAGUGCAGUCACCGCAACCGAUACAGCAGCCACAGAAACCAGAGAAACAACAGCAACAACAACAACAUGCAGAUAUAACAGUUCAGAUGCCACUGAGACCAGAAGUCCCUGACGUACCACCAGUACCCUCAGAGAUCAAGGAAGAGGCUGAAGAGGCUGCUCAGUGCCCGAUCCACCCAGGCUUGGCUAAGGUGCAGCAGAUAGUUGAACGGGUCGCUAAACUGGAGCAUGAGGUGAAAUAUUUCCCAGGAAAGAAGAAUGAUAAGAAAUACUUGCUGCUGGAGGAGAUGCUGACGAAAGAGCUUUUAGCACUAGACUCUGUUGACCCAGACGGUCGUACAGAUGUACGGCAGGCGAGACGGGACGGCGUCCGUCGUGUCCAAAACAUUCUGGAAAAACUAGAGCAACUGGAGGAGCAGCUUGUCAGGCCCUCCAGCCAGACGUCGAUGGAGGAAGACAACCUGCCACAGAAAGGAGAGCCCAGCAUGAUCACCAAAGAGAAUGUUGAGCCUGCAAAGGAGAUAUCAUAACGACUUCACACUUCAUAAUGGAGAGAGGAGACGACGGGAGACCUGCUGUAUGUUUGAUAGUGAACAAGCCUUCUUUCUUUACUACAGCAUUUGUGGAAGUUGCAUGCAUUGAUUAACAGUGUUGUUAUUUUCUGACAUUCAGCACAUAAUUGAUGGUAGCUCAGUGCAACCAUGUUUUUCAAGCCAAUGUUGUUGCCUUCUGUGUAAUGCCAAUGUCAUAAUAAGGCAGCAGUGAUGAGGUAUGUCAGAAUCAAAGUUUGAAUAAGAGGCCUUUUUGCAAUAAACGGAAAGAAGAAGUAUUUUCUUAAGAAAUGUUAUAUAUAGUUGCCUUUUGUCCAAUCGAUUAUCGUCUGUGGCUUUUAUUGAUCCAGUCAACACAUCAGAAAGUAAAGAGUGGAAGUAUCGGGCUAUAAAAUACGACUAAUUCACUUCAAAACUUAACAGAACAGUAUUUUCUCCUAGACACACGGCCAUCUUGGAGCUUUCUUUUGUACCACAUUGAAUAUGCCUAGGAGAUGGUGCUUUUUGGUGCAUUACUGGUUCUGCACUCUUUGCACUUUGCCAUCAUUGAAAUGUAUCAUGCUGAGAGAUUGGCAGCACUUCAUUUGAACAACAUAUAAGUUAAGUUUUGACUGGUGUGUUUGAGUAUUUGUAUUUGCAUUGCUAUACUUGCUAUUUCAAAAAACAACAUUAUAUCACUACCUACUGAAUAGUAUUUUGGUACAUUUAUGAAUGUGUAAUGACAAAUGCAGAAGGAAUGUGUGUCUUACUUGAGAUGUGAAACAACCUGCACUUGUAUUUAAGGACAGCUUAAGACUGUAUGAAUGUUUUUGUGUAACAACCAAAGCCACAAUCAGUGACAAAGCUAAUGAAAACGGCCUUAGAGCCUUAAAAAUGUCAACUGCUAGGUGAUACCUGAUUAAAGAAAAACACUAUUUAUGAAUCAAAAGUGAAUUUGCUAUCCAGAAGGUUCAGAUCGACCUUUAAGUGACCCGAGUUUUUUGUGCAGUAAUUUGUCGCUAUGGUACAUGACAAGCCAUCUGUAAAGUAGGGUCACCCACUGCCUUACACACCGUUAAUUGUGGCUUACUGUUUUAUCACAGUGUAUGGGAAGCAGGUUAAUGCAUUGUUAAAGCAAGUCAUGUUGGUAUGCUUCAAAUAAAAUGUAUUUCACAUGGA